AUGACAACCGUGAUCGAAACCUGCCGUAUUCCUCCUUCACAAGGCGCCGCCGCCGAGCUGUUCCUGCCGCUCUCUUUCUACGACAUGACUUGGCUGCAUUUCAAUCACACCCGCCGCCUCGUCUUCUACAACCACCCAUGUUCAGAAGCCGAAUUCUCCAACACCAUUGUUCCAAACCUCAAACACUCUCUCUCUUUAGCUCUCAAACACUAUCUCCCUGUCGCCGGAAACCUCCUCUACCCUUCCGACACCGACACCGACAAACCGGCUUUCCGAUACAUCUCCGGCGACUCUGUCCCACUCACGAUCGCCGUUUCUGGCCUCGAUUACAACGAGCUCGUCGCGAAUCACGCUAGAGAAGCGGAUCAGUUCUAUGACCUCCUUCCUCGGACGCCAGCAAUGUCCGAGGAAGAAAAUUACAAAAUUAUCCCUCCCAUCUCUCUGCAGGUGACUCACCUUCCGGGCAGGGGAAUCUGCUUAGGUUUGAGCAAUCACCAUAGCCUCGGUGACGACAGAUCAAUCUUAGGAUUCAUAAAGGCGUGGGCUGUGAUCAACAAAUCCGGCAAUGAUGAGGCGUUUGAUUCUAGAAACGGAGAAUCUCUGCCGAUUUUCGAGAGACUAAUUUGCAAAGAUUCUAGUAGAGUUGACGGAAUAUAUUGGGAAGCAAUGAAGAAGCGUCCUUUAAAGCCGCCGGCGACGCAUCCAUUGCCGACCAAUAGAGUGAGAGCUUCAUUUAUCCUCAGACACUCCGACAUAAUAAUGCUCAAGAAUCGGAUCUUGUCGGCGAAGCCAAACAUAGAUCGAGUCUCCACUUUUGUGGUUGCGGCGGCCUAUGUCUGGACCGCCUUGGAGAAAUCCUUGGGUCCUGCUGAAAAUGAAGAUGUGGUGUACUAUAUUGCGGCCGACGGCACGGGGAGGCCGAACGCGCUGUUCGAUCCACCUGUGCCGGUGAAUUACUUCGGCAAUUGCUUAGGUAGCGGGAGGGUGAGAGUGAAGCAUCGGAGGUUGGCGGCGGAGGAUGGAUUUGUUGCGGCGGCGGAGGCUAUUGUUGAUGAGAUAAAGACCAAAAUUUACAACGGAGAUGAGUUUCUUAAAAGCCCGGAGAAUCUGUUGACGGAGAUGCCGAAAUAUAAGGGCAUGAGGGCUAUGGCGAUGACUGGUUCCCCCAAGUUCGAUUACGCGGAGGCGGAUUUCGGAUGGGGGGAGGCGGAGAAGGUGGAGGUUCUGUCGUUGGACGGGGGAUAUUCGAUGUCGUUGUCUAACUCCGGUGACGGAGAUUUGGUCGUCGGUAUGUCGUUGACCAAGGAGGAGAUGGAGGCUUUUGCUUCUAUGUUUGCAACUGGUGUCAAGGUCAAAUAA